AAGUAUUUUUAGCAGAUGCUAACGAUGGCGUUUGUUAACACGAGAAACGACUAAUUCUUCUUCUUAUUAUUAUUAUUAUUUUUUUUACAAUGGGCGCGUUUUAUUGUGCUAUCUGCAGACAGACGGAUUUCUCAGGGAAAGGUCACAUCUACGGGAAAAGCCACCAGAGCAAACUGAAAGUAGUUCUGGUUAAAUUCCUGGAUAAGGUGAGAGAAGCACGGCGAACCCUGAAUUGUCCACAAGUGGUGAAAUUUGACGCAGCGGAGCACAAAACUGGGUUUUGGUGUUACUGCUGUGAGGUGGAGGUGCAGAAACACGUGACUGAUGGAAGAGUCACUGUGCUUUAUGGAGGACUGCUGGAGCACAUGAGCACUCAAGAGCACCGCAAAAACACAAACACCUUCUGGUGGAAGAACAAAGCAGACCAUAAACACAAAGAGAAGUUCAUCAUCACCGAGCAGAAGUCCGACAGAUUCAAGGAAGAAAUCGCCAAAGCUCUCGAGCAAUAUGAAGAGAAAGAGGACACGCUUCUUAAAGAACAAGCUGCUUUUAUCCGGUCGCAGGAGCAGCACAGGCUGGAGGUUCUUCAGGCUCUAAUAGAGCCUGAUCCAGAGCUGCAGCAGUCUGCUGACCCGGAGCAGCAGGACAUCCAGCAGACGAUCAGUAGCAUGGGUUCAGAGCAGACAGGACGUUUUCACACUGUACUGAACGAGCAGCCGGGCCCGAGCCAUAGCGAUCCCUUCAUGAGUCAGUGGGACGAUUUAGGACAAGGCCUCACCUUCAUUGGCCAUCAGGACUGUUCUGCCAUCGGAAACGUUCACACAGGGGGGGUGCCUCCGUGGCUGCUGGAGGAUCCCAAGGACGAGACUGCGGGCACAUCGCAGGACAUCGGUCCAUCGCUGCAGGAUUUUCUUAAACACAAAGAGCAGCAGAAGCUGAAGAGGCUCCCAGCCAACCGCGUGGGUGCCAACUUUGACCACAGCUCACACACCGGUGCCGACUGGCUUCCGUCUUUCGGCCGAGUGUGGAACAGCGGCAGACGCUGGCAGUCCAGGCAUCAGUUCAGGCAGGAGGAAGCUAAAAGCGGGCAGAAGAGACGGAAGGAGCUUGGAAGAAAAGCAGCCAAGAAGCAGAAACAUCUGACUAACGGAGACGUCUGAUCACCAAAUAUAUUUCUAUGAACACUGCAACCUGCCCAACAGGAGCUCGAAACUAAACACAUCCACAGACAGUUUUGGUUGUUUUUUUUCCAUCAGAAAUUGUCCAUUGAUGUAACAUUCAUGCAGUUUGUAACUGUAUUGCCUUUCUCACAUUGAGAAACAGCUCUAAAUUACUUCAUGAAACAACUGUAAUUAAACCACAACGCUUAAAUUCGUGUAUAUUGACGCACAAACUGGUGCUGAUGAGGCGUAAUAUCGUUUCUAUAGUAACCUUAUGAACGUCUACAAAUCAACACUGUUGUUUAAUAUAAUCGUUGAUGUGGUGGAUUGCUUUAAGGGUUGUUUAUAAAACAUUCUACAGAGUCUACAGUGACGGUAUAUUGUAACUAUUCGGGCUGAGGGACUUUACAUUUGUUUUCUGUUUCUGCGUAGCAUGACGAGGGAAGAAUAAAAAGUGUUUAUAGCUGUUGUAACAAAAAUGUACAUAAUUACAAAUAUUUAUAGACCACACUUACAUCAUGCAAACUCACCAACUGUUAUCCUAUAAAAGCCUGUCUUAUUUAUUUUAUGUUAAAUGCUGAUUUCAAAUGUUCUGUGGUUUUCCCAAAUACAAUUAUUUUUCUUUCGGGAUGAAAGAUUCAACUUCACUGUUCGUGUUUCCAGUUUAUUGAAUAAAUCUGCAGCAUAGCGAA